AUGUUUAAGGGAGUACUGCGUUUGGGCUUGCUAGGGCCUAUAAUCGCCAGAAAUGGAGUAGGAAUUAAUCGUUUGAAUCUGAGUCCAAGUCUUUUUAGGCAAUGCACUUUUCACCAACAACUAAGGCUAAAUAGUGAAUUCAGGCUCUCCAAAAAGUUUCAAAACAGUGAUCAAAAGAAUGCAGAACUGUACAAGGAGCUAUAUAGGAAAAAAGAGAGAAGGAAACGGAACUGGAUAAUUUUUAAAAGAGUAUUCUUGGGAAUAAGCACAUUUGCUAUGGUGAUGAUCAUUUGGCAACCAUGGAACCCAUAUUCAAAACAAGUGAGUCGAAAUUUGAGGAAGGGACUUUGGUCAGAGUCGGAGAAGGAGGGGAAAAACUACAUGAUGGCAUUAAAAUAUUACCAAAAGGCCUUGGACAAAAGUAAUGAGGAGCAUAUGGACCAGCUUGAUCCAAAGUAUACAGGAAUAGUGCUCAAAAUCGCCGAAAUGUAUGAUAAUAUGGAGAUGCGAGGUGAGGAAAGAGAGGUGUACAAAAAGCUAUCUGAGUUUUUGCAUGGGAAACUUACUAAUGGGGAGGUAGAGGAGAAAUGGAAAGAUAUAUUGCUAAACCGGGAUUUAGUUGUGAGGACAAGAUUAUUGGAGUUAGCAGAAAAGGAUACAAUUGUGGACGAUAAGUACGAGCUUUUGGAUAGUAUGGCUCUUUGUGAAGAGAGAAUUAAGGAUAAGUGGCCUUUUUUGGCCCAGAUGGGUGCUAAAAAUGGAAAUAUUGGCUCCAUUGAUGGAAUGGAUAUUAUGGAAGUACUUGAUCUAAAUAGUUCAAGGUGGUAUAUAAAUGCCUAUAUGAAACGAAGGAGGUUUGUUAAGAAGUACUGUAAUGAAGAAGGAGUGAAGUUUUUUGACAACUUCUCGGCAAAGUGGCCCUAUUUCAUGCAGGAUUUGAUCCGAGCACGUGAUCUUUUUGCAAUGAUGGAAAUGACGGGAGAAGGAUCUAAUUUAGCUAUAGAGCUUCUCAAAUCAAACUUGUUAUGGAUGCAGUUAUCGGACUAUCAUCCAAUUUACCUUGGGACUGCAAUACUCAACUUGGGAUCAGCCUAUUAUAUGAAAAGUGAAAGGCAUGAAUUGCGCGCUUCUCAGUUAAAGAAGCUUUUGAGGAAGGAGGAAAACGAAGACAAGAGGUUGGACCUUGAAAUGCAUUAUAAACAGGAGGAAAAAGAGCAGAUGAAGGCUUUAGAGAUGAGUGGAAGCAUAUAUGGGAAGCUUUUAGACAAGAUGGGAGGAAUUGAAGGUGUAAAAGCACAUAAGAAGGACAGACAGUUACAGGCAUGCUUAAGUAUGACAUUAUAUUCGCUAGGAGUCCUGGAAGUUCACCGGAUGAACUAUUUUGAGAGUCGAAGAUAUUUUUUGCAGGCCAAAGAGGUUGCAGCUGACAAUGAAUUAACGCAAAUCGUUGAUAAAGUGGAUGCAGAGACAGAAAACAUGAAUGCAAGGAUAAAAAAGCAGGAGAUCGACGAACGAAUGAGCAAGAACAACUAUAUUCCAGCAACAACAUACCGAUAA